GCUCUGUUUUAAACUGCUGUAGUGGCUUUUUGUUUUCAAUAGAAAAAAGUGUUUCUUAGCCACAAACCUGAACUCUGGACCCCCCAAGGUGUCAAAAAAAAUGUUCCACUGUCUCCGACCAAUCAUGUCAAAGAUUCUAUCAACCUCAAAAUCGUUUUUAGAAAGAGUCUAACCGCAACCAAUGAGAGCGAGCGAGAAAUGUUCCACUGACGUGGACCAAUCAGAUUAAAGAAGACACCACCGCAUGAAAGAGCUUCAGCAGCACGAGCCGCUCAGCACCAGAGUCUGAGAUGGAGACAUCAAGAGUCGCUCUCAUCGCUCUCGUGUGUGUUGUGUUCUCCAGUCAGAAGAGGAUCUCUGGAGCAGAAGUGGAGAUGAGAGUCAGAGCAGGAGACGACGUCACUCUCUACUGUGACUGUGUUAGUAAAGGUGGAUUUUAUCCGGUGUGGUUUAGAAACUGCUCACAUGAGCAUCAACCUCGUUUAAUAAUAUCGUUUACAGAUUUUAUACGUUCUUCUUUUCCACGUUACUCGUUUGUGUUUAAUAAAUCCACCAACACACAGAAUCUGCAGAUUAAAAACGUCACAGAAUCAGAUCAGGGCCUGUACUACUGCGCUCUACAUGAGAUAAAUAUCACGGACAGUAAAGGUGGAUUAAUACUCCAGAGAGACGUGUAUCACCAUGGAAACAGAUCAACUCGACUCUCUGUACUCACAGAACUCUGUGAUGUGUGUGUAUCAGAGGGGAGUGUAAGCUGGAGUCUGGUGUUGAGUGUGUGUGCUGUGUGUGUUCUCCUCUCCUCACUCCUCUCCUCCAUCUGUGUGUACUGCCUCUGCACAAACACCACUAAAGGUACUCACACACUCGCUCUCAUCACUAACACUCAUUCAGCACUGAACACAGGAAGGACGUCUUCUCUUCUCCAUCCAGGAGGCGUCUCUACUCACCUCAAGAGUCAGAGCUGAUCUGGCAGGAAGUGACAAAAGGACAACUCUGAGACGUGAAGAGGUCGGAGAAGAUGAGGUUUGUUACGCCUCACUGGACGUCCAGAAGCUCGAGAGGAAGAAGAUGAAGAGGAAGAAGAGAAUUCAGCACUCUGAUUUCAGCACAUACUCAGAGGUCAGAACUGAGAGAACUGAGAGAUGCUGAGGAGGCGUUCAUCAAUUCUGAACUUUCUGUUACAUCACAGUGUUUUAUUUUCAUCGACCGAUUUUUACUCCUUAAUGAAUUUAAUCUUAAAGACUGAAAUGAAUUUGAUGCAUUGAUUCUUGCUGCUUGUGCUUCAUGGUUUUAUUUCUGAUGUCAGCUUUGUUAUUUUUAG